AUGGCUGACAAGAGAAUCCCAAUCAAACUGAAGCUGAAUCCGGACACUGCGCAUCCGAGACUCAUCCUGUCCACUGACCUGACAGCCAUCAGACUUGGUGCUAAACAGAAGGUCCCUUAAAAACUAGAGCGAUUUGUGCAGUGGCACGGUGUCCUGGCAUCUCAGGGCUUCAAUACUGGGAGCCACUACUGGGAGGUCGAGGUCGGAAGGAACACCAUGUGGAGUGUGGGAGUGGUAAAAGCAUCGGUACUGAGAAAAGCGGAGUUCACACCGGAACCAAAAUCCGGUGCCUGGGUAUUGUGGCGUCUGGGAGAGGAAUAUACCACUAUGUCUUCAACACGUACUGCCCUCCCUAUUCCAGCUGGCCAGGUGACACUGUACAAUGCCGAUGACAUGUCACAUCUGUACACUUUCAGGGACAAAUUCUCUGAGAAACUCUAUCCUUACUUCUCAACGGGUUGCAACAUUGAUUGUAUGCAAAUAGUCCACUUGCAUAUAUAG